GUUGCUAUCCAUCGUAUUUAGUUUCCUUGUCGAAAAGAGCGCUACCAUUGCAGCUCUGAGAACAAAAGAAAGGGGCCGUGUGCGACGCACGCUUCUCCCUUCGUCAAUAAUUUGUUUCUACUUCUCUAUUUUUCCUGCAUCUGCCUCUGUCCCCCGGACGGUGUGAAGGAGUAGUCAGCAGCUGUCUUCUCCACUGUUACUGUACAAGCCUUAACGCUUACGGAGCUGCAUCCCCUCUUCUAGCGUCACGCUCUCUUAUUUCCUUAUUAUUAAAGCGACAGCUUUCGUUUUCUAUCGUUAGUAGCAUGGGCGGCUGUUGUUCGAGCAGUGGCGCAAACGCCGACACCAGCAAGAGCACCGUCUCGCCAAAGGCACCAGCGAAGUGUUCCGGAGCGGCGGAACCUCACAUCGGCAGCCGGGCAGCAGCAGCAGCCACGGCAGCGGUGGCGUCUGCGGAAGAUCUGAAGGCGCGUGCGCGGCGUCGUGCCCUUCAAGCCCUCGUUGAAUCCCUCCAGCACGGGGAGUCCGUCAUCCCUAGCCCUCAAUGGCGUCGGCAGUACCUCAAGACAAACGCUAUCGGGCCGGCGGUGAUCUUUACAAUUGUGAACUACAUCCAAAGCAAGUCAGGAGCCGCAGCAACCGGAGUCGCAACAACAUCGUCAUCAUCAUCAGCAGCAGCAGCGCCCACCUCAAGACCCCGGCGAGGGAAACACGACAUUCACACACUCGACCUCCGCGCUCUGCGCACCGGUGACGACGGCUUCGUUGAAAUGAUGAAUACGCUGCUGGAUGACACACUCGUGGAAAAUGUUAUCUUCGCCGGAAACGAGAUCACCGACGAGGGGGUGCACCGACUUAUGAAACAGAUCGACUUGCGCAAAGGGGCCACCGCUGCGGCGGCUGCGAGGGCGGAGCUGCCGUGUCAGCUCAAGUUCAUCGGGUUAACGGACAACUUCAUCACCUCGAGCGGCAUCGCCGACCUCGCGUCCAUCGCACCGCUCUUUUGCUCCUUGGAGCAGCUGGAGGUGGGCCGUGGCCAGAGCGGCGGCGGCGAGGACGUGGACGAUGUGCGCGACACGCUCAGCCUGAAAGAUGUGAAGGCCAUCUCCACCUACAUCCAACGCACCCCGUCGCUUUCUACGUUUCUGUAUAAGGGCACCGGCAACUACUACGCCCGCAGCGGCUUCUCGCCCGAUGGGUUUGCCAUGUUCGCGGACAUCGUAGUAGGUCAUAGCGCGUUGCGGGAACUGUACCUGCAGGACUGCUUCAGCACGAGGCCCGCCCUCAUCGGCCCAGUGACGGUGCAGGCCCCGCGUGGGAAGGCGAACGUCGCAGCCUCCCCGCCCGCCCCGAACGAGCCCGAUGAGUCGUGGUCGCCGGAACACCUCCUGCAGUCGUUUCAGUCUCUUCCCGACGCCCUCUGCGUUCCCGCCACACAGCUCUCCACGUUGGUCCUCCGCUUCCCCCUGAGCGACGACGCCGUGCAGGUUCUCACCAAGGGCCUCGGCGGCGCACCGCACCUCUCCAACUUGAGCUUGCGGUGCUGUGACAUGUCGGGCAAGGCACUGGCUUACAUUGGCGAUGCCCUCGCGAGCAAUCGCGCACUGCGCAUGCUGGACGUCUCCUAUCAGUCCAACACCAUCGCCCACCCGGCAUACCUAGCCGAGAUGCGCAACUCCUCGAAGCGGCACUUUUCUUACACUAGCAGCGCCAGCACCGCGCACUCAGCCGCGGAUAUGGCACGGCUGGAGAUGAGCAGCGGCAGCUCAGAGAUGCCGUCCCGGGAGGAGCGUCAGCACCCGCUGUUGCCCAUCAUUCGGAGUCUCCAUCAAAAUCGCUCCCUGGUGCAGCUCGUCAUGCUCGGUGUGAACAUCACGACCGACGAUGUUGAGGAGCUCUGCGCGUGCAUUGAGCGUAGCAGGAACAAGACGUUGUCAGAGGUGUGGUACACCACGGCGGGCAACGACGCUCUGAAGAUGAAGCUGGAAGACUUCCUGGCGGCGAAUCGCGACUUCGGCGGUGUCGGCAACGGCGUCGGGCCCUCAGCCGUGUCGAGUGUGCGCAGCUCCGCCAUACGAGUCAGCGGGUCGAGCGCGAACUUCUUCCCCGACAGCACCUCGCUGUCCGACCGCUCCGAGUCGUUCUCGCGGACGCCGACGGAGCGAGUCUCGACGACGCGCAACACCAACGGCAACAUCCUGUUCAGCCCUUCAUCGCCCCCGCCACCCAUCCCUCAUCACCCGCCGCGGCCCAACGGCACCCACGGCACCGCGAACGCAGCGGAGAACACGAACGCAGAACGACCUCCCGCGAUGUCGCUGGGCAACACCGCACUGAACCUGAAAGCUGGCACCGCCAAAACGGCGGUGGACGGGGAGUCGCGUAGUGUGCUGAGUACGGCUUCGCCGUCGCAAGUGGCAGUCUCUGUUGAGGGGGCUGUUGGUAAGAGCACCGUCUCGCAGCGGAGCAAGACGUUGCGCUUCACGAACUCUGAGAGCCUUCCGGAAAUUUCAACUGCCGAGAGGACGGAUGACACGCCGACGUUGCCUUACUCCUCCCAGAUGCCCUCCGCACGGAAGGCGCGACCCAAUUAG